AUGGCGGUCAUUUUAACGAUCAACGGUCAAUUGUACCACGUCACCCCAGACAUCAUCCCGAUCGACACCACACUGAACUCAUUUAUUCGAAACCAUGCCCACCUGACCGGAACCAAGUUUAUGUGUCUCGAAGGGAGCUGCGGUGUUUGUACGGUGAAUGUGGCAGGAAUCCAUCCCGUCUCGAGGGAGUUAACGUCGUUUGCUGUGAACUCUUGCUUGAUGCCGGUGUACUCCUGCCAUGGAAUGGAUAUAACGACGAUCGAGGGAAUUGGAUCGAAAGUCGAGGGAUACCAUCCUAUUCAGCAACGACUUGCACGCUUCAAUGGAACUCAGUGCGGUGGAUGCUCUCCGGGAAUGGUAAUGAACAUGUACGGACUGAUGGAAUCCUCGAAGGGCCAGUUAACCAUGGAGGAGAUUGAGAAGUCCUUUGCGGGGAAUGUGUGCCGCUGCACCGGAUAUCGUCCGAUAAUGGAUGCGAUGAAGUCGUUUGCAACCGAUGCCUGCAGUGCGUUGGUUGACAAGUGUCGAGAUAUUGAAGAUUUGGGGGAAAAUUGCAGCAGAAGCCGAAAAUGUCAAGUCAAGUGCGCUAGAAGUGUGGAGAAGAAAGCACAGCACUUGUAUUUUGAGGAAGAGAAAGAGUGGCAUAAAGUUUAUAGUGUUGAUGAAGUGUUUGGAAUUUUGAAAGCUAUCGGUUGUAAACCUUAUAGUUUGGUAGCUGGCUGUACCGGACAGGGAGUGUACCGUGAUAGUGAGGAUCUUAAAGUUCUUAUAGACAUAAAUUCAAUUGAAGAAUUACAUUCAUACUGGAUAGGAAGAGAUUUGAUCGUCGGAGCGAAUGUUUCGCUUACUGAAUUCACUGGAAUUCUGAAUGAAGCAGCACGGAGUGAGGCAAAAUUUAAAUACUGCGAACAACUGGCUAAGCACGUGGCCUUGAUUGGUCAGGUGUCCAUGAGAAAUGUAGGAACGAUUGCUGGAAAUCUAUGUUUAAAAAACAAACAUCGAGGAUUUAAUUCCGAUUUACAUGUGAUUUUGGCAGCAGUUGGAGCUCGGCUGACUAUCACUAAUUUAGAUGGGUCAAUCGAUACCGUUAGCCCAGAGCAGUUUGUCAGGAUGCAUAUGGACAAAAAAAUGAUCCUGAAUAUAACUUUUCCACCUAUGCAUGCAGAUAAUUAUGCCUUCCGUUCAUAUCGUGUUGAACCGCGAGCUCAGAAUGGGCGGCCCUACAUCAAUGGAGCAUUUCUCGUACGAUGGUGCGGCAGACAGCAAACCAUCGAGUCAGCUGCCGUUUGUUUUGGUGGAAUCAACCCAACCUUUACUCACGCGAUCGAAACGGAAAAGGCGCUAUGCGGGAAAAAUCCCUUCAACAAUGACACACUCCAGAAAGCUCUAGCUGCCUUGGAAUUGGAUUUGAAACCUGUCUGGGACCCUUCCCAGGCUGAUCCAGACUACCGUAAACAAACCGCAAUAGGAAUCUUUUAUAAAUUCAUUCUGAGCAUAGCUCCCAGGAAAGUGGUUGAUCCAAAAUAUAAAUCAGGAGCAACCAGCUUGGAACAUCCACUAUCAAGUGGAUCACAAUCCUACAAAACGUUCCCCCAAAAUUGGCCUCUGACCAAAAACAUCCCAAAACUUGAAGCAUUUGCUCAAACUGCGGGUGAGGCAGCGUACAUCAACGAUAUGCCCACAAUGGCACAUGAAUUAUUUGCAGCUUUUGUAGUAGCUACCAAGCCACGCACCUUUAUCAAACAGAUUGAUGUAACAGAAGCCUUGAAGAUACCGGGAGUUGUUCAAUUUCUAUCGGCGAGAAACAUCCCUGGCAAUAACAACUUCAUGCCUUCGGUGAUCAAUGUUAAUCAUUACUUCCCGUAUGGCGAAGAACCGGAGGAAAUUUUCUGCACCGGAAAGGUACUCUUCCACGGACAACCAGUUGGAGUCAUCUUGGCUGAAUCCUUCCAAUUGGCAAAUCGUGCUUCCAAACUGGUCUGCAUAGAAUAUUCAGAACAAGAUGGGCCCAUCUUACCAACUCUUCAACACGUACUCCAAUCAAACGCCACUGAUCGCAUUGCUCCGGUGGGUUCACCCCAGACGGGCCCUAACUACGAAACAUCCAGCGGAGGAUAUUACAGAAUUUCUGGUCAAGUUUCGCUUGAAGGGCAGUACCACUACACUUUGGAAACCCAAACCUGCAUUUGCGUUCCCAAAGAGGACGGCAUGGAUGUGUAUUGCGCAACGCAAGACAUCGACCACGCUCAGGUUACAAUCGCCGGAGUUCUUAAGCUACCGCAAAGCAAGAUCAACGUAAUGUGUCGACGAAUAGGAGGUGCAUUCGGAUCGAAAAUCACUCGAAGCUCGCAGGUAGCUGGUGCAUGUGCUCUUGCAGCCUACAUAACUCAGCGCCCAGUUCGUUUUUGGCUUACAAUGGAAUCCAAUAUGGGUUCCUUCGGCAAGCGGAAGGGUAGCGUGAACAACUACGAAGUGUCAAUACGAGGCGAUGGCAAGAUAGCAAAAUUAACCAAUACCUUUAUUUAUGACUGUGGAGCUCACUUCAGUGAACCUAAUGCACCAUUCUAUAAGGCAUAUUUUCCAAACAGCUAUGACAAUUCAGCAUGGAAGUUAAUUCCAAUGAAAGCUCGCACUGAUGCACCCACAAACAUUUGGUGUCGAUCUCCGGGAGCCGCCGAAGCGGUUGCAACUAUUGAAACCAUAAUGGAACACAUCGCUUUUGAAAGAGGUCUUGAUCCUCUGGAAGUUCGAAUGGUUAAUUUUGAAAAGAACAGUACACUUCGGGAUCUGUUACCACAAUUUAGGAAAGACGUAGACUUCGAUAAUCGUAAGAAGUCAAUCGAAACCUUCAACGAAACCAAUCGAUGGAAGAAGCGAGGUAUCUCGAUCGUACCCUUGACAUUUCCAAUCGAAUUUAUGGGUGGCAUGAAGGCUUGGGUUUCCGUUCACCACCUCGACGGAUCGGUUUCCAUUUGUCACGGUGGGGUCGAAAUGGGUCAAGGGUUGAACACUAAAAUGACCCAGAUUGCUGCACACAUCUUAGCGAUUCCCAUGGAAAAGAUUGCAAUAAAACCUCACAACACAUUAGUGUCAGCCAAUUCCUUCAUGACUGCUGGGAGUUUUUCCAGCGAUCAAGUCGGUCAUGCUGUAAUGAAUGCCUGUCAGAUUCUGGUUGAUCGUAUGAAACCUAUUAGAGAUGCGAAUCCUAGUGCUUCCUGGGAGGUGUUGGUGAGCACAUGCUUCACUUUGAACGUCAAUCUUACUGCUUCGUAUUGGUCAACCGAAAAAGAAGUCAAAAACUAUAAAGUUUAUGCCUUGGGAUGUAGUGAGAUUGAGCUGGACGUUCUUACCGGGAAUAUUCGAAUUGCUCGAGUGGAUAUUCUCGAAGAUACCGGUGAAAGUUUGAGCCCGGGUGUAGAUAUAGGUCAAAUCGAAGGAGCGUUCAUCAUGGGCACAGGGUACUAUUUCAACGAAUCACUUCAGUAUGACCCAGAAACGGGGGCUCUGUUGAACAGUAGAGCACUGUCAUACAAGCCUCCAGGUCCGAAAGACAUCCCAACAGAUUUCCGCAUAAAAUUGCUGCAAAGUAGAGCGACUAGCCCAGCCGGAGUGUUGCGUUCUAAGGCUACUGGAGAACCAGCCUUUUCUGUAGCAGUUUCUGCCGUGUUCGCAUUACGACAGGCACUCAUGUCAGCUCGGAAGGAUGCUGAUUUGAGAACCGAAUGGAUUCCGUUGGGACAACCAGCAACACCUGAUCGUAUUCUUCAUCUAGCUGGAAAUUCAACAGAACAGUAUCUUCUCUCAAAAUGUGCAGAAGCAAUAAAGUAA